UUGUUUGCAGAGUAUGUGGUAAUUCCUUCGGUCCGUGAAUGCAUCAGUAGAUGCAGUCUCGCAAGUAAACACACGGUGCACCGCACUAGUCAUUUACUCUCACUAGUCAUUUACUCUCUCAGGCUCGGCCUCGUCGAGUCGGGGCUACCUAUUCGCCGGCCUGGUGGCUUGCCUGUGCAGGGGAAGGCGAAAGAGGGGCAUCGGCAUGGCGGACAUGGAGGCGCGGCGGCAGGCUGCAGGACGUUGUGCCUUCUCUCUCUACCCCGGAGCUCAGCUGAAAGCGAUGACUGUCACGUCCAAGAAGCUCUGAAGAUGAAAAGAACUCCUGUUAGACGAAGGUCCAAGGACCUUCAAGGUGUCUCCAUACGCUCAGUCAAUGAUCCAACCAGCACCUGCCCAGUGAUCUCAUCAAGUGCUUUGACCAAUAGGUUGGAGGCACAGUCCAUGACCCUGCUAACUGCAAGACUACCUUUUAGAUUAGUAGUGAAGGACAGCAGGAAGCCAUCCCAAUCUCAGGGCCAAGGCGCAAACGCCUGGACUCUCCGAGCAGGACAGUCCGGUAAAGACCAGAUGUGGAUACCAUGCAGGGGCAGGGAUCAGGCCGGGAUGGAGGUUUGGGAAGGAGGUCAAGAUACCUGGAGCGCAGGAUGGGAUCUUGGAAGACCAGAACAGACUUGGGACUGCAAGAGUAAUGAAGAUGUAUGGAGAAGCAAAAACAGAACGAAUGUGUGGCAUCCUGAAGUUUCCAUGGUUCAGUCUAUUGAGGAACACAAGCCACCUACAAUCUCCACCAAGAAGGAGCCUCCCAUCUACGCUCCAGGAAGCCAAGAAGAGGGCUGGCAGCUCCAGAUUGUCGCCAUAGGCAGAGUGACGUGUCCCAAAUGUAGAAGUGUGAGCCGGAAGACUGUGGAAGGCUUGAAGAAGCACAUGGAGAACUGCAGACUGCAACCCUUCACAUGCCUGCACUGUGGGAAGCAGCUGAUGUCCUCCACAGGGAUGAAGUAUCACAUCAUAGCCAACCACAGCUUCCUGCCAUCAGCAGAUGACACUAAGGACCUGGAUGACCGCACUAUUAAAGACAAGCUGCGUAAAAUCCUGAAGAAGUUGGGCAAGUUGAAGUGCUCCAAAGAGGGCUGCAGGGCGGCUUUCACCAGCAUUAUGGGAUAUUUGUACCACAUGAAGAAGUGCGGCAAGCAGGAGGCGGAGCUAGAGAAGAUGCGGCUCAGUUGCUCCCACUGUGGGAAAACCUACAAGUCCAAAUCGGGCCUGGAGUACCACCUCAAGUCUGAGCACGCCCCAACUGCUGAGAACAGCGAGGAAAACGUGGUGCUGAAGGUCCGAAAGGAAGCAGACCCGGAGAGGAUGCCCAGCGGCAGAUUACAGCGGGCUUCUGCACUGGUGGCCAACUUUCACCUGGCGGAGAUCGCCAGCAAUGAGCCGCACAAAGAUUGGCCCAAGAGGAAAUUUCAGUCAGACUUGGUGCCUGAAGACAAAAAGUUAAAAUACUUUCGACCCAGCCUGCCCGCCUUCAGCCAGGAGGUGCUGAAGAAGUGGAAGGACGAGUUGAAGCUGCACAGGAAGGUCCAAUGUCCCAACCAGGGCUGUGGCUGCACCUACACCAGCGUGUCAGGACUAAAGGCUCAUCUGGGACUGUGCCCAAUGGGUGACGUUGACGCGGGCGAGUAUAAAUGUCUGAUCUGCAGCAAAGAGUUUAAAUCAGAGAGCGGGGUGAAAUACCACAUCAACUCCACGCAUUCACAGGACUGGUUUGUGACAAACAAAAAAGCUUCAAAGAAGUUUGAGAAGUUCCUUAAAAGGCAAUCCAAGGAGUCUUUCCAAAAAACAGAGAAGCAGAUAACGAAUGCACACCACCAUCACCAUCACCUCCGUUCUCAUCAUCAUCAUCAUCAUCAUCAGUUCCAUCAGAUGCAGGCCCUCCACCUAGAUUACCAGUGUGUCCUCCCACUGGCCGAAACCCACUCUGAGAAGCUUGUGCUGCAUUACGCCCCUCUGGAACCUCCGCCCGGACCCUUGUGGGUGGACAUGGACAGGAGGGGAGAGCAGGCCCCCAUUGAGAUGGAGGACGAUGCAUAGAGAGGAGGGGCGAGAAUGAAGGAAGACUGGAGGCACAGACUGACUUAAAAAGUCCAACAUGGUGCUGAUAUGGAGAAGAGAAGAGGUGAGGACUGCUGUUAAGUUCUUAGUGUUUAACUUUGCUUCUUAUAGUGUUAAUCUGUGUAUAUAUGACUCCAAGACAUUGUGUUCACCUGCUAUACUCCAUUUGUAUGUACGUCAGAGAAACAGUGCAGUACUGUAUUUCCUCUUGGUGCCGCUCAACCUUCACCUAACAUCGUCGUUUUGUAUCUUCACUGUCUGAUCUUAUUACAGUGAGCUUUGAUUACUUAGUUCAUAUACAUAAAUGUUUCUACCAUACUCAUUUUUUACGAGCGAUCUGCUUCUGGUUUAUCAUACUAACAUUGUUAAAACAACAUAUUUAAAUUUUUAUGGCUUGUGUUUCUGUUUAAGAUCACAAAUAAAGCAAUGACUAAAUCCAGUAUAUUUAUCGAGGUAUUCAAACCAGUGAACUUAACUUAUUUUAGACUUAGACAUAGACAAACUUUAUUGAUCCACAAGGGAAAUUGUUCCACACAGUAGCUCAGUUUCAAAGGAUGGAAAGGAUAAUGCAGGUAUUAAAUAGACUAAAAAUGUAUCAUAGUAGCAAUAUAAAAUAUAACAUAUAUGUAAUUGAGGGAUUUUUUUUUAAUGCGUUCAAGAGUCUUAUAACCUGAGGGAAGAAGCUGGAGGUUCUGCUCCGGAGGCUGCGGAACCUCUUUCUAGAGUCCAGCAGUGAAAACAGUCCUUGGUGGGGAUGUGAGGAGUCUUUACAGAUUUUCUGAGCCCUGUUUAGGCAGCGGCUUUUUGCGAUUUCCCGGAUAGGAGGAAGAGGAGUCCUAAUGAUGAUCUUUUCCGCCAUCCUCACCACUCUGCUGAGACUUCCAGUCUGAGGCACUGUAUAUGUAACAGCUGCAGAAAAAAAAGAAGAAAAAAAAAAGGUCAGCAUAAAAUAGAGAGUAGAUCCAGCAGAAAAUAUACAUUAUAAACUAAGAGAGGUCAUUUUUGUCAUCCAUUUAAUUUGUCAAAC